CCAGCCCCCCACAAGGACCGUCCCCCCUCUGCUUAGCCUGCAAGUGGAGUCUCCCAGCCUGCGCCCCCAGGUUUAACCGGAGCAUUUUGGGAGCAUUUCUCUCGGAACCUCGGAGCGAGCUGGUGCUGCUGCGCUCCUGUUGCAGCUUCAGGCUCCGCCCGCUCCGUGCCACCUAAGCUGUGCGCUCGCCUCCGUGCCAGUUCCCCACAAUGGGCAACUCCUGCUCCGGCCUCAAGGAGAAGCUGGGGCAGAGGGUGCGGCCUUCGCCCACGCUGAGCUUCCUCCGCUCCGUGCUGUUCCCCAAGAAGAAGAAGGAUUUCUGCGUGGUGGUCCUGGGCUCUGCCGGCGUGGGCAAGAGCGCGCUGGUGCAGCGGUGGGUGAACAGCUGCUUCUCGGAGAAGUACGAGCCGCCCGCGCCCCUGUCGGAUGUCAUCUACCACGUGCCCGACGGCCUGUUCGGCUCGGGGACCAAGAUGCGCAUCACCGACCUCCCGGGGGGCCAGCUGUACCCGGCGCUGCAGUGCCUCAAGAUUGCCAGGGGCCACGCCUUCAUCCUGGUCUACUCGGUCACCGAGAAGCAAACCCUGGAGGAGCUGACGCCCUUCUACAUGCUCAUCCGCGAGAUCAAAGGCUCCAACCUGCACAAGUACCCGGUGGUGCUGGUGGGCAACAAAUGCGACGAGGCCCGCCGCGAGCUCACCACGCUAGAUGGCGCUGCCUACGCGCUCAAGUGGAAUUGCGGCUUCUUCGAGACCUCGGCCAAGAGGAACAUCAACGUGGAGGAGCUGUUUUUCGAGCUGCUGACCCAUGAGAGGGGGGCAGAGACCAGCCCCCAGGCCACCCCCGAGAAAUCCCAGAUGCCCGAUGCCGCCGCGGAGGACAGGCUGGCAGCUGCCACGUAAGGGGAGCCCCGGGUGCUAGGAGCCUCAACACC